AUGCGCGUCCAGGAGCGGAGAGGAGCGAAAAACCGAGCACGGGCUGGGGCCGGUGAGGGCCGAGCGGUGGGGAGAUGCCGCGGAAGCACUUCCUCCCCGAAACUUAGAAGUGAUUUUCCCCCUGCCUCAGCCGUUACACACAUUACAAAUAAUCAAAGUUCAAACCGGUUGUGUCGGAAGAAGGUGAAAAUGACCGCUGGGGCUGCCUCGGAUGCUGACGGGAACUGA